AUGGCGCUCGACCUGCCGCUGGUCAACCCGUACCUGGACAAGAGCGCCGACUUCAGCGGCGGCGUCAACUUCGCGGUGGCCGGCGCGACGGCGCUGGACCGCACGUACCUCCUGCAGAACGCGAUCAUCAUGCCGCCGGGGAACACGCCGCUCAGCUCCCAGCUCGACUGGUUCAAAUCGCACCUCAACGACACGUGCCAGCAAGAUUGCGCGAAGAAGCUGGGCGGAGCCUUGUUCUUGGUCGGGGAGAUCGGCGGGAACGACUACAACUACGCAUUCUUUCAGAAGAGGUCCGUCGAGGCCGUCAAGGCGUACGUGCCACUGGAGGUGAUCGAGCUGGGGGCGACCCAGAUCAUCAUCCCGGGGAACUUCCCGAUCGGGUGCUCGCCGAGCUACCUCGCCCUCUUCUCCGCCGCCGGCUCCACGGACCACGACGAGCGGGGCUGCCUCAAGAGCUACAACGCCUUCGCCGCGUACCACAACGAGCAGCUCCAGGCGGCCAUCGGCGACCUCCGCAAGGUCAACGCCGACAUCUCCGUCGUCUACGCCGACUACUACGGCGCCUUCCUGCACCUCCUCGACCACGCCGCCGUCCUAGGGUUCGACGAGGGGUCGCUGCUGAAGGCGUGCUGCGGCGCCGGCGGGGAGCACAACUUCGACAUGGACAUGAUGUGCGGCGGGAUCGGGGCGAGCACGUGCGCCGACCCGGCACGCCACGCGGUGAUUGCAAACGUGAAGCGUGCAAAGGAGCAUGUUUUUAAUUUCAAGGGUCAUCGAGUGCUCAACCGCAACCGGGUGCACGACCAUUUGACGCUGAUGGACGACUACUUUACCCUCGAUGUUCUCUUCGUUGACAAUUUUUACCAAAGCUUCCGGAUGCACAAAAAUGUUUUUGAUCGUCUUUACCAUGACAUCCAGUCCUUUGAGGACUACUUCAUCUUGAAGAAAGACGGCAUGGGAAGGAUUGGGUUCUGUGGUUAUCAGAAGUGCACGGCCGCACUACGGAUGCUUGCAUAUGGCACGACCGCUAAUUCAUGGAACGAGUACCUAAGGAUGUCCGAGAGCACAUGCGGAGAUGCCAUGGUCAGAUUUACAACAGCUGUGAUCGAGGUGAUUGGACCUCGGUACCUGAGAUAA